AUGGCUUCCAAGAGCAUCAAACUCCUAGCAUUUCUGCUCCUCCUGAAUCUCAUUUGUUUCACCCUAGUGAGCGCAUGUGCUCCGACCCGGGGAGCAUCUUGCCCUGAAAAUGUCCAACAACUUAAAGCAUGUGCCGGUUUGCUCGGAUCUUCUUCCGGAGAAUGCUGCUCUCUUAUUGGUGGACUCGCGGACCUUGAAGCCACGGCUUGCCUUUGCACCGCCGUCAGAGCCAACGUUUUCAACCUUGUUGAGUUAGACAUUCCAGUUCGUCUCGGUUUGAUCCUUAAUGGAUGUGGCAAGACCUUUGCCGAUGGUUACAAAUGUGUCUGA